UGUUAUAUUAAUACCAAAAACUAAUUAUUUGCUUAUUAUGUUUCAAAUAUUUUGUUUCCUUCAUUCCUUUUUCCAUUGUUAUUCACUCCUUUGUUACAUAUAUCGCAGUACAUUUGAAUUAUGUUAUUUAGCGGCUCAUCAUUACAUUUGAUUAGCAUUUGAGUAAUCAUUCGAUGUUGAAAGAAUGUUUUCAAGUAUGAUUAUUUCUAUUAAAUCUUUAGGUUAUGUAUGGACAGUAUAUAACUGUCAAUUUUCUACCGCGCAUGUGUAACUGAUUUUAUGUUAUGGAAAAUUUUUUCAGAUUUAUCAUAUGAUUUUAUUCCUUUUAUCUUAUAUCAAGUAUAUUGUACCUGUUUAUUUUAAAGAAUCGUGUGUCGUCUUAAAUAAAAAAUGAAUGCAUUGGAAUCUUACUUUCAAAGAGGCAAUCGCACUUUGAAAGUGCCUAUGUCACUUUUUCAAAAUAAUCGCAAAAGGUUAGUUGCACGUAUUAAAGCAAAAGCAGGGAGUCAGGUUGCAGGAAGUUACAUUGUUCUUCAAGGAGGAGUUGAAAUUGCAUUUAAUGAUACAGAUAUAAACUGGCCAUUUAGACAGGAAUCAUUUUUUCAAUGGUGCUUUGGUGUUGAAGAACCAGGAUGUUAUGGUGCUAUUGAUACUUCAACAGGAACUUCAAUUCUGUUUGUGCCAAGAUUGCCAGCAGAGUAUGCAAUUUGGCAGGGAAAGUUACACACAUUGGAGGAUUUUAAAAAGCGAUAUGUAGUAGAUGAGGUCCACUAUACUGAUGAAAUAGCCAAUGUUUUGAAAACAAAACAGGCUUCUUUUCUUCUUACUUUACGUGGUCAAAACAGUGACAGUGGUCUAGAAGCACAGGAGGCAGUGUUUGAUGGCAUUAAUCAGUUCAAAGUGGAUAAUAAAAUUUUAUAUCCAGAGAUAUGUGAAUGCCGAGUUAUAAAAUCAGCAGAAGAAAUUAAGGUAUUAGAGUAUGUGAUUAAAAUAAGUUCCGAUGCGCACAAAUCAGUGAUGCAAAUGGUAAAGCCAGGCUUAGCAGAAUUUCAAAUGGAAUCAGCUUUCCAGCACUAUGUAUAUUAUAAUGGAGGCUGUAGACACGUGUCUUACACCUGCAUAUGUGGAUCUGGGCAUAAUGCAUCUAUAUUGCAUUACGGGCAUGCUGGUGCUCCUAAUAACAAAGUUAUAAAUGACGGCGACAUGUGUCUGUUCGACAUGGGCGGUAAUUACUGUGGAUACGCGGCUGAUAUUACAUGCAGUUUUCCCGCUAAUGGAAAGUUUACAGCUGAUCAGAAAAUUGUAUACAAUGCAGUGCUCGCUGCUCGCGAUGCAGUGAUGAACGCUGUAAAACCAAAUGUCGCUUGGACAGACAUGCAUUUGUUAGCGAAUAAAACAAUGUUAGCUUCGUUAAAGUCUGGGGGCCUAUUGACGGGAGAUGUCGAUGACAUGAUGAAAGCAGGAUUGAACGAAGUCUUUCAACCUCAUGGGCUUGGGCAUCUUAUGGGAUUAGAUGUUCACGAUGUCGGUGGAUAUCUGUCAGGGAAUCCGGAACGUUCUAAGGCACCUGGAUUAAGAAAAUUGAGAACCAGUCGCAUUUUGCAAGCUGGUAUGGUUCUAACGAUCGAACCAGGUUGCUAUUUCAUUGAUUGUUUGCUAGAUGCAGCCUUGAAAGACCCGAAUCAAUCGAAAUUCAUCGUGGCUGAUGCACUGAAAAGAUUCCGUGGUUGGGGUGGUGUUAGGAUAGAGGAUGAUGUGCUUGUCACGGAAACUGGAGUAAGAAAUUUGACAGAAGUACCGCGCACAGUUGAAGAAAUAGAAAAGUGGAUGGCUGCUAGAAAAAAUUAAGGUUGAUCUCAGGAAUGGAAAAGUGGACUUCGAGCAAAACCAAUUACAUUUACAUAUGUAUAUUCUUUUUCGUGAUAUAAUAACAGUUGUGAUACGACGCGUAACGUCACAAAAUAUUUUCACACUGGUUUCUUAUAGAGCAUAUAAUGCAAUAACUACAUUAUAGGCUUAAAGCAUUCCUUUAUAAAUUGUAUAUAUAAAGAGCAACAAGCAAAUAAAAAGAAGAAGAUAUUUUUUAUCACGCUGA